AUGUCAGGUCCUACACUUAAAAGGAGGAAAUUGAGCGCCGGAGAUGAAGAAGACAACGCCAAUGCGGUAAAGAAACAAAAAUCUCCCGCAGUCCAGCGCAAUGGACGCCCAAGCAAUUCAGCUGCUGAGUAUGCGCUCGCGCGUGGACAGUACAAGUCGAGCAUGUUCAAGCUUCAGAUGGACGAGCUGCUCGGUCAACUGCGCCCUGACUACGAUAAACUCCUUUCCCGCGUCGAAAAGAGCCUGCGGAAGCUAAAGACCGUUAUUGAAGAGAUCCCAAACGGCACCCCGAAGACGCUGGCUGAAGCAAAGAAGGAAUUUGAAUCAUCAAAGAUUGCAAUUCCGUUUCCAGAUCCUCCGCCGGCUAAAGAUAUCCGAUAUUCCUUUGAAUAUGCCAAACCGGCAGAUAUAAACGUCGUGGGGAGCUUUGCGUUGAAGACUAUAGUGAAGGGACAAGGACCUACGUACAUCGACUUGGCCGUCACGCUACCCUCUACAUUGUUCCAGAAAAAGGAUUAUACAAGCUAUCGGUAUUUCUACAAAAGGGCAUACUACCUUGCAUGUAUCGCAGCAGCUAUUAAGUCUGCACAGGAUGUCGACUAUGCUAUCAGCUAUGUCUAUCAAGACGGGAACACCCUUCGCCCAGUCAUCCUCUUACAGUCAGCAGAAGGCGCAGAUGAUGAUUUUUCACGGUCAAACUGUGCCAUCCGUAUCAUAACUGCGGUUGAAAAGGAGACAUUUUCUCUCUCACACACCUUGCCGUCACACAAUAGCCUUCGACUUGAGAAUGAAACCGAGGUCCAAUCCAACUUGACGCACGUUUAUAAUGCAUCUCUUCGUUCAGAAGCGGUGGUCAGCGCAUACCUGAAACUUCAUCACUCUGCCGGAGUCAAGUGCGCUGCAUUUAAAGAUUCAUGCAUUCUGGGUCGGUCCUGGCUUCGUCAACGUGGUUUUGGGACUUCUUUAGCACUAGGUGGAUUCGGACACUUCGAAUGGGCCACUCUCCUUGCACUGCUUCUAGAGGGCGGUGGACCUAACGGAAAAGCCGUGCUAGCACCAAGCUACAGCAGUUAUCAGAUCUUUAAGGCAACUCUCCAGUUCCUCUCCGGCAGAGACCUUACGAAACCACUUUUGAUUCAUGUUCCAGAAGGCAUGGGGACAGUCGCUGACGCCGGUUUCCCUGCCCUUUUCGACGGAAAGCGGGGAUUAAAUGUCCUAUAUAAGAUGACUCCUUGGUCAUAUAAACUACUUCAACGCGAAGCAACCUUGACCCUCAAGAUGCUGAAUGACUCGGCUCGCGAUCAUUUCGACAAUAUUUUCAUCACAAGGAUCAGCGACGCAUUCUACAGAUUUGACCAAGUUAUAUCUAUUACCCUCCCUGGCCGCCGGCCACCAACUCUUCAGGCGGCCGAACGUCUUCAGUCCCUUCAUCGAGUUCUAACAAAAGCCCUUGGAGAUAGAGCAACAAUGAUACACCUCGCCUCGGCUGAACCCUCUACCUGGCCUGUCAAAUCUACUUCGCCAUCUAAGGAGGGUAAGAAAUGGACCGUAACCGUAGGUUUAAACCUUGACGCUGCUCAGCAGGACCGCAGUAUAGACCACGGACCUUCUGUCGAAAAUAAAGAAGAAUCAGUUGCUUUCCGAGAUUUUUGGGGUCCUAAAGCUGAAUUACGUCGGUUUAAGGACGGAAGCAUCAAAGAGAGCUUGGUGUGGUCUGAUCAGGCAUCAUCCGGUUCCCCUAUCCAACAGAUCCUGACCUAUAUCCUCCACCACCAUUUCAAAGUCACCUCGGAGAACAUUAUUUUUAUGGCAGCAGAUAUCAGUCAGGCUGUUCCAGGUAUAUCGAACGCGGCAUCCUCAGUACCAACCUCAGAACCGGUUCUGGAAGCUUUCCAGAGUCUAGAAAGACACUUCCAGUCCGACGAAAGUCUUCCCAUUGCCUUCAGCCAGCUCCUUAUUGCUACUCCUCUCCUUAGAUACUCUCCUGACUCUCCCGGUGCUCCCAUAGACGUAGUUCUCCUGUUCCAGUCCUCUUCCCGCUGGCCUGACGACCUGAGCUCCAUUCAAAUGACCAAGGUGGCACUACUCCUUAAAGUGGAAGAAUCAGUCCGCAAAGCCAAUGGGGUUAUUCAAGCCAGAGUUGGAACAGAAAACCAGGAGAGCAAACUCCUUAAUACAUCAUUUCUAGAGGUCCAUUACUCUUCAGCUAUAGUAUUCCGCUUGCGUAUCCACCACGAGCGUGAGCAGACGAUCAUACAGAGCCGGUUGAAGAGCAAGGAAUUACCUGCCAGGCAGAAAGAGGAACUCGCCGUUGCGCUCGCCGCAUACAAAGCAACCUUCCUCCAAGCCCCCCGCCAUGCCCAAGUACUCCAGAGUCUUUCAAAUCGUUUCCCACUACUCUCAGUUGCAAUCAGGAUGUUUAAAGCUUGGGUCGGUGCCCAUCUUUUAACUCCAUUCGUACGUGAAGAACUACCUGAGCUCCUAACCUGCCAAGUUUUCCUCAACUCAUACCCUUGGGAUGCACCAUCAAGUGCAUUCACGGCGUUCCUUCGAACUAUACACAUGCUCUCCAAAUGGGAUUGGCAGCAUGAGCCACUCAUAGUGGACUUCGGCGACGAGCUAGAAAGCCAGGACUUUGCAGACAUUCGCACUCGAUUUGAAGCAUGGCGAACGAUUGACCCUGGAAUGAAAAACGUUGCGCUCUUCGCUGCCUCGAAUGUCGACCGGGACGGCGUUACAUGGACGCAGUUCAGGCGACCGCCAAGAAUAAUUGCGUCCCGAAUGACUAUGUUAGCUAAAGCUGCGUCAAAGGUCGUUCGAGAAAGGGGCGUGGAUCUAAAUGUAGGCGAGCUGUUUCGAUCUCCCGUAAACGACUAUGAUUUUCUUCUUCAUCUGAGCCCGUCAUUCGUCUCGGACCGCUCCAAGAAGGCUGCCUUCAAAAAUCUUCACGAAUCAGCCCUUAGUACCGAAUACUCCAAAUACGAAAUCGUUCGUGAUCUUGUUGCGGAGCUCACUAAUCUAUAUGGAGAGCAUAUCCUAUUUUUCCACGGCCAUGCUAGCGAGAAGGUAAUCGCAGGGCUUUGGAACCCCCAGUCAACAAAGACACAGCCAUUUGGGCUAAAGAUAGGCUUUUCAUCUUGCCCGCGCAAGACUAAUGAUGAAAAGGAAGAACUAGCCUUGAACAAAAAAGCAAUCCUAAACGAAAUUGCAUCUAUAGCAGGGGAUAUCAUUUCUAAGGUACAGGUACUCCACUGA